AUGGAGUUGCUCGGAUGGCCCGCGAUGAAGGACCUCGACAGAAACAGUAAUCUUUGGUGUCUUGGCACUGCUGCAGUAAAGGAACUUCGUUCCUUGAGUCUCUACGGCGAAGCCGGCCGACAGACAGCGGAUGCAACAAACGAGGACUCCCUUUUCAAUGAUUUCUCGGGUAUGGCGCAAACGGCACUUCCGCUCGACCAGGCGGAUUUUAAUCGCUAUCACCACGGGGGAAAGGUUAGCAAGCAGGCCCAGGACCAUGUCAGAGCUUGUAUCAAAUAUGCCGAAGACGAUGGGAAGCCGCUGACUGCCACACCCGAGUUACUGCGGCGUCUAGAGGAGAAGCUAGGAAGAUCGGCAUAG